GUGGGCGCCCAGAGGGACAGAGCGGCUCUGUAGCUCAGUGCAACCAGUGCUGGCGGGGCUCAGGCAUUCAGUCGCGGCCGUUUCUGUCAAUAUCUGUUCUAUCUGCUCUAUUUCACCUCUGACAAUCGCUGAAGGAUCGAUAGGUCUGGAGUUUGUCGCGAGCUUGAUUUUCCCUCUUGGAGUGCAACCAUAUGAAUUACUCCCGACGCGUCGCCAUUUGGUUACUCGCGUUAUCUGUACAAAUUAUACAGGCAUGUGCGUAUUGCGGUAGAUUGGAGAUGAUAUCCGUUUGGCUCCUGUUUUUAAAGCUGCUGAGAGCCACAGCUGGUGUGCGAAGGUCAUAUGAAAGUGAACUAAAUGACGGCAAAACCACCUCUGUAAAUCAGCAACAAAAAGAGCAGGAAUACCUCUCUGAAACAGUCACCAUGGAGACCAGCCAGCUUUCAGAAAUGGCUGAUCUAACAGACUGUAAAAUGGAUCCUGGGUUUACAGAGGACCAGCCAUGCCAAUUCACUGAGGAGGUGAAUGAAUGUGUUGUCACAUAUUUCUCAGAGUGCCUGGAUACCAAACAGACCAACCCACAAGAAGAUCUGUGUGGGCAAGAAAACAUAGCCAUAACUAAUGAAUGUGAUAGCUCAGGUGAAUCUGAUGAAAGCAAAGACUCUCAAGAAGGUAUUCUGGUCAAGGUCAAUGAACAAGACAACCCAGACAGCAGAGUCUCUUUGGCCUUUGAGUCUAAUGAAGUCUCCAUUGUGAACGACAAACCAGAUGAAGAGAUGAAAAUCAAGAAUUUGGAUAAUGCCCAGAAGGAAGAUCAUGAUGAACCUAAAGAGAGGGUGGAAGCACAAGACAAUUCUGUUCUGGAAGGACAAGAAGGAUCUGUGCUGGAAAUACAAGAAGAAUCUGUGCUAGAAGCACAAGAAGAAUCUGUUCUGGAAGAACAAGUAUCUGUUCUGGAAGCACAAGAAGAAUCUUUGCUGGAAGAACAAGUAUCUGUUCUGGAAGCACAAGAAGAAUCUGUGCUGGAAGAACAAGAGCAAUCUGUGCUGGAAGAACAAGAGCAUUCUGUGCUGGAAGCACAAGAAGAAACUGAGCUGAAAGAACGAGAUGAAUCUGUGCUGGAAUUACAAGAAGAAUCUGUUCUAGUAAAACGAGAUGAAUCUGUGCUGGAAGCACAAAAAGGAACUGAGCUGGAAGUACGAGGUGAAUCUUUGCUGAAAGCACAAGAAGAAACUGUGCUGGAAGAACAAGAAGAAUAUGUGCUGGAAAAACAAGAAGAAACUGUGCUGGAAGAACAAGAAGAAUCUGUGCUGGAAAAACAAGAAGAAACUGAGCUGGAAGAACGAGAAGAAUCUGUAUUGGAAGCACAAGAAAAAGCUGUGCUGGAGCAGCAAAUUAAUGAGCUUGUGAUUUCUGUAGUCCCAUCUGAAUCUUGUCCGGAUAUGGAUCGAGAUGACCUAAGUGACUGUCUGCUUGUGGAAAUGGCCAUCAUUUCAUCAGACAGUGAUGCUGAGGAGCCGUGGAGGUCUUUAGCUGUUGAUAAAGAAGAUGUUGAAGAGAAUGGUGAUCUCUUGGGUAUGGAUGAAGCAGUAAACUCAGAAGACCAAGCAAGGCAGGAAGACAAUGAGGUGAUUAAUAGCAAUGCUGAACUUGAAGAAGCAGCUCUGGCUUUGAACAUUAAUGAAAGUGAGAUUCUAGAACAACCAGAGUGUCCCACUGAAUGUGAGCUGCAAGAUAUUUCUUUGGAGUCCUCUUCCCAGUACUGUAGUUUAACAAAGAUUGCAGAGGAUGAGGAAGAGCUUGGUAAAACCUCAAAGCACAACCUUCAGCGCCUGUCUUGUUCAACUUCAGAGCUUGACAAAAAGUUGCCAAAAGACUUCUGCGUGGUUCAGGAAAUAAAGAGCGAGAAUGUCAGCACGGAGCACCUGGAUUUCAGGGUGGCUCGCAAGCAGUGGCAGAAGAUGGAAGAGCAAACAAAGGGUCUGGUGCACCGGCCAGUGAUGAGGCAGACAUUUUGCCAGGGUGGACACAGCUUCAUGUAUACGCCUGUCCGCAACAUUGAUCGCCCCAGAAGAGACCCUGACAUUGAGACUCUUGGUCUGGGGGAUUACCAGUACACUCAAUUCAGCCCCUGUUCAGAGGACUCUGGUCUAGAUGAUACAAGCUACAGGUCUCCAUAUGAUGAGCCAGAAACUCCAGUGGAGAGAGAGAUCCGCGAAGCUCUCGAGCGAGAGGAAAAUUUCAGACGAGAAAGAGAAAUGGCAAAGAUGUCUGUUGGUGACACUGUACAAGUUAAACCCAGGCCUGGUGUUCUUCACCAAAGCAGGUCAGAGCCUGGAGAUAAAGGACGCAUAUUUGACACUCCAGAGGACAGAAGCAGAUCUCAGAGGUCUCCUAGUGCAAAGACUCCAACUUUGUCCGUCACUGGUACAUCUGGAAAAAGUCCCUCGUACCAUGAAAUGAUUGCCAACAAUGUCAUUAUACUUGAUCCAGAUUCGUACCCCACCAGCCCACAGAGCCGAGGAAAAGGAGGGAUGCUUUCUCCAGGGACAAGCAGCUUCCACGAAUGGCCAUCAGACAUGAAUAAUGUCAUUAUCCUGGAGACAUCAAAUCUCAUCAUUCGAAGUGCCUCAGAAUUCUGCCUGAGCUCUGCAUGUCAAGAGACACAAGAGAGCACCUUUCAGAACAACCCCUUCUUCAAAUUGCGCUCCCACAGCACCCAGUCUCUGGUGGAUCAGGAGAUCAAGCUGGUGAAGCAAAGAGAAGAGGAGCUUAGAAGGCAGAGAGCACAACUAUAUGUAAAGGAGAGAUACGACACAGUCCUUGUGUCCCCCAACCAACUGCAGAAUUCCACUUAUGAGAAACCAGGAGUGGUGCCAGCAAAAUCCAAGUCAUCCCCCUCAUCUCCAUCAAAGUCGCGCAAAAUGGAUCGCUCCGCUUUGUCCUGCGACCACAAGUUUUACAGGUGAAGCUUUCUCCUUUAGUUUCCUGAGGCACCUUACCCUCGAGUCAGACGGAAAAGUGCCCUGGCCCAGAGGUGGGAAGCAGGUAUCUUUGCCAAUCAUCAGCAACAAGACUGAGUGAUUUGCCUAUAUGAAGCACAAAUCAAGUUUCCAUUACAGUAUAAGCAUGUGCAAGUAGUUUUAGAGUAAAACAUUCAUUACUUAUACAAACCUAGAAUUUAAUAGGUGAGUAAAAUAUUCACAACUGAUGUCAUACCUUUUUCAGUUUUUUGAAUGCUAGUAUUUCACUCUGAAUUUUAUCCUGGAUACACUUUUAUAUUAUUGCAGAAUAAUUUAUAGAGUAACAUAAUCCUAAAUUGCACUAUGUACAAAAAUGAUGCCAAACAUUAUUGAGAAAUGUAUUAUUCUAAUUUCCCAUUACAUAACAUGUUUAACCAUAUUAACCAUAAAGUGAAGAGCAGAAACAAAUAAAAAUUCAUUUGUCUUUGAUUUAAUCUGAUCAAAAGUGCAAUUUAAGACAGGAGAAGAUCGCUGCUUGGAAUGUCUAACAGAGUAUAUUGUGGAUGUAGCUUCCAGAGGUGUUACAAGAAAAGUAGCUGGCUUCUGUACAAUAAUUACAUUGUGAGCCUUUUAAAUGUUUUAUGCUUUUAUUGUCUGAAUAUAAUGUGAACAUUUAUUCUGCUGUGAAAAUAAUUUGAAAGAUGUGUGCAUUUUAAUUCAUAAAAUUCAUGUUCGAAAUGUCUUAAAAUAUAUGCUUCUUCCUUGCAGGAUGUUUUCGAUGCAAAAAUACUGUUCAAACCUUGAAUAAACUGAAACUGAUAAUGA